UGUGACCAAAGCAUUUUCGCUUGAUAUAUUUUUUAAUAAGAUGGAUAAAAUUUUCUGUGGAAUAAAUCAAAAUCAGAUCUAAUAAAGAAUUAGAUUUUGGUCAAUUAAAUUAACUAAGUCUGAACUACGGUCGCGUGUCGUUAUCUAGAAAAUGUGAUUGUGUACAAGAAUCGGUGAAAAUCCGUGGCCGUACAUAACUGGGAAAACAAUAGAAUUUUCAACUUGUAAAUACUCUGGAUAAAAAUUACCAAAUAAUAAAAUAAUGAAACAGAAAAUGAAUGCUAAUUGGCACCAGUGAAUAAAAAAGUAUGGUAUCAAUGUUUGCUGUCCUAAAACAAGUCUUCGGUUGACGUGUGAAAAAUCAAUAAUCUUACGCAAAAAGAAGCUUGGACAUUUGAGUGUUUUACCACACCCGUAAUACAGAGAACACACAACAUGACGUGAUUGAUUAAAUUGUAAAUAAUUUUGUGGAAAAAUUAAAGCAAUGGAUCCACCAACGUUCAAUGAGCCUGAAUUGAAUUGCCAAUAUACAGCUCUACAAGAUUAUGAGCAAUAUCAAUCAAGAUAUCCAAACUCAUCAAUAUACGUCACGAAAUCUCCUGAAUUGGCACUCUCAAGGUCAGGAGGGCAAUGCACAUACGGAUCGGAUCACAAUGCACCCAAUUUAAUUGGGCCACAAGCUCAGCUCGCUACUACGCAGGAACAAAAUGAGUCUGUAAUACAAGAACGUUCGUCAGUUUCUACUGUAAGAUACAUGCAAGCUUCACAAUAUGACGAAAUGCCUGACUAUGGCCUCAAUGCUUGUCCCGUUGAAUCCCACUAUAUUGAGAAUCCCACCAUUGCUUAUGGAUAUGUGUCAGAAGUUAAUUUUGAUUUUCCCAUUGAAGCCGGCAACACCAACUCUUACUCACCAAGACCAUUGUUAUUCGAUAGCAAUCUGAAUGGUUCAGAAUCAGCACUUCCUUCGGACGUAACAAGAACAUAUGACGGUCAUGCUGAUUAUCAAAGUAAAAUGGCGCAACUUACUCUUACACCAAUGGACGCGGUUUCACACAUGAGAGAAUCAAAACAUUUGUUAAUGGAAGGUUCUGGAAGUGACAUUUGUUCCACUAUGAGAUGGCGGGACCCAAAUCUAUCAGAAGUUAUAAGCUUUUUGAACAAUCCAAAUAAUGAAAUAAAGGCAAAUGCCGCAGCUUAUUUACAGCAUCUGUGUUAUAUGGAUGAUCCAAACAAACAGCGAACUCGAACACUGGGUGGAAUCCCGCCUCUUGUACGGCUGCUGUCGUACGAUGUUCCAGAGAUUCACAAGAAUGCAUGUGGUGCGCUGCGAAAUUUAUCCUAUGGAAGACAAAAUGAUGAAAAUAAACGCGCAAUAAAAAAUGCUGGUGGUAUAACUGCGCUUGUAAAUUUAUUGUGCAGGACACAAGAAUCGGAAGUAAAGGAAUUGGUUACUGGAGUUCUAUGGAAUAUGUCUUCCUGUGAAGAUAUUAAACGAUCCAUUAUUGAUGAAGGUUUGAAUGCUAUAGUUAGCAACAUUAUUAUACCCCACUCUGGCUGGGAUGCAGUUUGCGCAGGAGAGACAUGUUACUCUACGGUUUUUCGAAACGCUUCCGGAGUUUUACGCAAUGUCAGUUCGGCAGGAGAAUUUGCACGAACCAGUCUAAGAAACUCGGAGCACCUGGUGGAGUGUCUCAUAUACGUGGUAAAAAUGGCUAUAGAAAAGAACAACAUUGGAAACAAAACCGUUGAAAAUUGCGUGUGUAUAUUACGCAAUCUAUCAUAUCGUUGUCAAGAAGUGGAAGAUCCUAGUUACGACAAACAGCCAAUGCCAAUACAAAGUCGACCUCAAUCGAAUUCUUAUAAAGGAGAAAAUCUCGGCUGCUUCGGAACAAGUAAAAAGAAGAAGGAAGCUGCUCAAAGCGAUCAUCAAGCCGAAAAUAAUUAUACCCCCAGCACUUCUAAGAAUUCAGUACCAAAUAGUUCAUCGCACAAACGAUAUGAGCUUUUGUGGCAACCGGAAGUUGUGCAGUACUAUUUAGCUUUAUUACAAAGUUGUUCCAACCCGGAAACUUUAGAAGCUGCUGCAGGUGCUAUUCAGAACCUUUCAGCUUGUUACUGGCAGCCAAGUAUUGAUAUUCGCGCCACAGUUCGUAAGGAGAAAGGUCUACCUAUAUUGGUAGAACUGCUUCGUAUGGAAGUUGAUCGUGUCGUUUGCGCUGUGGCAACGGCUUUACGAAACCUUGCUAUAGACCAACGCAAUAAAGAGCUUAUCGGGAAGUACGCGAUGCGAGAUUUAGUCCAAAAGCUUCCAACCGGUAAUCCACAGCACGAUCAAAACACCUCCGAUGACACAAUUACUGCAGUAUUAGCCACAAUUAAUGAAGUAAUAAAGAAAAAUCCCGAGUUUUCUCGCUCUUUGCUUGACGCUGGAGGGGUCGACCGUUUAUUAAGCAUUACGAAACAGCGCCAAAAAUAUACAUCAUGCGUAUUAAAGUUCGCCAGUCAAGUUUUGUUCACAAUGUGGCAGCAUCAUGAAUUACGCGAUGUUUACAAAAAAAACGGAUGGAAAGAACAGGAUUUCGUAUCAAAGUCAUUUACAGCUCAUAAUAUUUCGCCAAACUCCCCUAACAAUGUGAACAGCACUCUCAACAGACCCAUGGCUUCACAAGGCCGGACAAGAUACGAGGAUCGAACGAUACAAAGAGCUCCAAAUAAUGCGGCUCGCAAUAAUACAGGAAAUGAUUUUACCGGCUGCAAUGAGUCACCACUUCUUUGCCAAUUGAAUGACGAUGCAUCGAGUAACGGUGUGGGCAAUGACACUUAUCAACGGAGAAAUCAAAAUCCGCAAGCGACUAUGUAUAUACCAAUCAUGGAAGGCGGACGGAAUCAUUCCAAUUAAAAAAUUAUAACUUUUAAAUACUUUUCAUAUUUCAUAAAAAUAAUAAAAUGCACUUACAAAUAUGUUUCAAUAGAUACUAUAUUGAUUUGCAUUUACUUUAAGUUAUAUUGACUUUCUUGUCCAGAUAAUGUAGAGGAGGAAUGUUUGAUUUAGUUGCAGAAAAUACUGUAUCAUAUAAUAUACCACAAGUAAUUACACGGUAUUAGAAAUACACGUGCGAAUUUUAUAUUAAAAAAGUUACUUUAUGUAAGACAUUUUUCGAAAAAAAUUCCCGCUAACACAUUUGUGCACUGAAAUAUCGAUAUUCUAUAAAUGUAUACAAAACUAGUUUACACGAUAAAACGAGGCAUAUUAACCAAUCCUUAAACACGUGCAUACAUAAUAAAAUUUCUUGGUAGUAA